CUAGGAGGCGCUACAUGCUGAUUGCAGUGUUGGUCGGUGCUGCUCCAUGUGACAUUGACAUCAACAGAGGCACAAUGAGGCUGACCGCUCUCCUGUCGAUGGCAGCCAGGGUGGUUGUGCCCAAAGAUUACCGCUUCGGCACCAACAGACCGUGGAUGCCGGCUGCGAAGAGGCUGAAUCCUCCGGGGAGGAAGAGGAGGAAGGUGUUCGUGGAGCCGUUAGCACCAGAGGACUGGUCCGUGCUCAGAGGGGACAUGGUCGAGAUUCUCACAGGGAAGGACAAAGGGAAGCAAGGAAAAGUGAUCCAAGUCUUCAGACACAGAAACUGGGUUAUGCUGGAGGGCCUGAACACACAUUACAGGUAUAUUGGAAAAGCUGCGGAUUAUCGAGGGACGUACAUUGCCAGUGAGGCUCCCCUCCUGCUCCGGGAGGUUGCACUCAUUGACCCCUCAGACAGGAAGCCCACUGAUGUGGAGUGGAAGUUCACAGAGGAGGGGGAGAGAGUCCGAGUGUCUCUCAGGACAGGUCGUAUCAUCCCGAAACCUGUUGUGGAGCGACGAGAUGGCAUCGUGCCGCAGCAGUGGAAAGAUGGUCCGAAAGACACCAGCCCAGAAGACACUCUAGAAAAAACCUAUGUACCGUCUCUAAAAACCCUGGAGGAGGAAGUGAUGGAGAAGCUGUGCAUCCAGGAGGACAGAAGGCACAAACGCUCCUACUGGUACUGACCAGAGAAAUCAGAGACACUCGGGCCCCAUUGUUCUUUCCAGUUUUCACAAGGACUCUGAAGUCACCUUGUUUUGGUUUGAGUCGAGCAGAACGACAUGUUAAAAAGAGACUAUGAGGAUGACAUGAGUAAGGCAGAUGGAUGGUAAAAUACUGGUGAAACAAACAUAUUAUCGAGGAAAUGACAGCUUUGUAAACAUAUGAGGAGGUGAAACAGACCUGCCACUUAAAAUGUUUCCUGAAUGGGCACAGUUUAAAUCUUUCUCUAUUUACAGCGUUAACAGAGUUUGAAUUAACUUCCUGUCAUUGUAAUUGUGAAUAAAUGUAAAACGUAAA